GAGAGGUGAGGAAGAUCGCAUUCUGCAAUGCUGCUCCAACUGGCGCUCUGUCGCGGAGAAACAAGAAGAGAGACAGAAGCAGCAACUCAAGAGUGUGGGAAAGCUCAGAAAGUGGCAGGAAAAGAGGAAGCCGGAACAACGGAAGCGAACCUGCCUGACGAGACGAUGGUGGGGAAAGGGAGAAAUGAGUCAGCUCAACAGGCUCGGCCAGCAGCUGAGAAAAGCAGCAAGCUCCUGUCUGGCCUCCUGGCCAUGAACAUUGUGCUCCUGGGAGUUGCCAUCACGCUCAGCGCCAUCUUCAACACUGCGUCUGUCCCAGGAACCCACGUCCUGAUCCUCCUCAUGGUCCUCAGUGCCCUGGCAGUGGGCUGGAUGACGUUUCACAAAUCCAUGAACCAUUUUGUUCCUCAUCAGGACCUGCACGCUGGUGCCAUCUGGCUUAGGGGAGCAGUGUUCCUGUUUGGAGUCUGCAGUGGUGUGCUUGACAUUUUCAAGGUGGAUAUUUCCUUCAGAAUAUUGACAAAGCCGAUACAAUGAAGGUGGUCUAUCCCAUUGUAGAAGCAGUCUUCAUCAGUGCACAGCCAAUGGGGAACUUCAAGCCAGCGUCUACAGGAAAACAACACAUACGGACCAAAUACUGAACUACAGGAGCAACCAUCCCAACACCCACAAACUAAGCUGCAUUAGAACAUUAUUCCAACGAGCCACCACACACUGCAGCACAGAGGAACUACGCAGAGCAGAGGAAAAUCACCUACACAGUGUAUUCAAAAAGAAUGGGUACCCUAUGAACACAGUCCGCCGAUUCCUCAGCAACAAACCCAAACAAACAGACAAAACAGGCUCAGAAACCAUAACCAAUCUCCCCUACAUCAAAGACAUUUCCGAAAUGACUGCCAGACUACUCGGACCUCUUGGCAUCAGGGUAGCCCACAAACCCACCAACACGCUUAAACAGCAGCGAAUGAACUUAAAAGACCCUAUACAGACAACAAGCAAAACAAACGUCAUCUACAAAAUACCUUGCAAGAACUGUGACAAACACUACAUUGGACAAACUGACAGGAAGCUC